CGGAAAUGCUGCUGCUCAUUUGACCGAAAGCACUCGCGAAGUAAACGACUGGACAUUAUGCAAACGUUGAUUUUCACAAUUUUGGCUUUGACACUCAUUGGAAACACAACGGCUGUACUACCGUUUGCUGUUGCUAAGGCCGAAGCAGAUGAGGACGUACUAUAUUUGCUGGGUCAAAAUACGGUUUUAGGAGGAUCCGCUGACCCCGAAAUCACAUCACAAUGUUUCACUUACUACACGCCACUCUUAAACCAAAUUUCGCUGAACUUCUCCGUGCAAUAUGAGCUAUGCGUUACUGCGGCCGCACAAGCAGCAACCGAACUCUCCGCCUCGGCAGCGCAGAAUCGUGCUACUCUUGUAAAUGAAACGACCGCCAUCUGCAAUGCAUUCGCUUCGUGCAACAGCAACAGCGAGAGCAAUAAUUUGGACUUUCUCAAUUGCUAUGCCACAGCUGCCUCUGCUGAUAUCAAUGAAAUCUUUAUUAUAUCGACUAGCGCUUCAAAUGCAGCUCUUUCAUKGAAGAGUGGACUGCAACAGAUCAGUGAUACUGAGCAAAUCUGCCAAAAUAACGCCCAACAGACAUAUUCAACGCAGACUACGAAAACUUAUAAAGAAUUGUAUGCCUGCUUCACUAAUGGUUUGCCAACCGCUAGUACUAGUACCAUUGCAGUUAAGACAUAAAGUCUACAUAAGAAAUUGUUCAGUAGUUACUGCUAUCCAAAACUUGUUUAUAAUCAUGAUAAAAAUACCAUUUAAGUGAAUGAAGUUAUGAAA